AUGGGGGCUCAUCAUUUGCACGAUACGUGCUGGCGUAAAAAAGGAUUGGGCACUGGGGAUAGAUGCUCUUUGCCUGGACUGUUGACUCUGGUUGGUGGGACGGCGAGUGUUCUGGUGUCCCAGUCGCGAAAAGGCUUCCAAGCAUAUCGGACCGUUUCGCAAGGCCUCGCCAACGAACAGACCGGUUUGGUAAAAAUGGGCUAA